AUGUCUGACCGCAUACAAAGACCAGAGAUCAAGAAAACGUACGGUAAACAGAAAGACACAUCUGUCGAGGACGCGAUAAUCCAACCACGGGUUCACCACCGAAAAAAUGGUUGCAUUUUUAACGACCUAACAAGCUUACAAGAAAAUAGAGAAAAUAUUCCGGAACAGUUUCAAAAUAUUAAAAAACGCGCCGCACCCACAAUAGCUAAUGAAUACCUGGCGGCUGAUAUGAAAAGACAAAAAAAAAAUACAUCAGGAAAGGUAUCGCAAAAAUAUAUUGCUGAAUUCUUCAAACCGACAUUCGCAAUUCCAAACGAAAAUGAAGAUUCCGAUAAUUAUAUGAAAAGAAAAGGAAAAAAUUCGACAAUUCCGCGUUUCGAUUCAGGAAACAGAGUAACCCCUUCUACCACUAUCGAAACAAAGAGACGCGUUAAAGAAUAUGAACAAUUGUUUCUCGAUCUUGGACAAAAAAGUUUUAAUACCUGCACCUGUACAGAUUGCAAUAUGUCAUAUAACCGAGGUACGAUUGAUGACGAAGCGCUGCAUGCAAAAUAUCACCAGGCUAUUGUGGGAGGAAUCAGUUACAAGAAUGAAAUAUUACUACAGCUAUAUCCCGAAAUCAAUGGAGGCCGUGUUAUAAUGUUGAAAUUUAAUCAAUCAAACCCAUUUGAAAAAAGAAAGAUUCGCCAAAUUCUUGAUGUGAUUAAUACAGAAUUAUGCGCAGUAGAAUUAAGUGAAGAGAGAUUAGAUAAAUGCAAGAUAUAUUUGUACGUUACGGAUAAAAAAAGGGUUAUGGGAUGCGUUGUGGCCGAACCCAUAUCACAAGCAUAUAGAGUUGUCGAAAGCGGUAAUAUGCUUCUUCAAAUUGGGACAUCAAGUGAUG